AUGAAGGAUCAAUCGGCGGAUGGAAUCGGAUCCGGGGCUGCAGAUUCAACAAGCCGUAACAGCAAAGACUCGCGGGCCCACGGUUACUUUGACUUGGUUACGACUGUUCCUAUUGAUUGCAGUGCUCCCUGUCGCCCCCACUGGCUUCAACGAAGAGCCUGGCUGAGGCAAUCAAUCCCAGGCCGUGGCUGGCUUCUCGCCGUCUCGCGAUCAUCGCCUAGAACCGACGCUGGCCCUUCCCUUCGGCUGACCAAAACGUUUUUCCUGGGGCGCGGGCCCCUGUGUCUCCAGGAAACCACCACGUUCGCUUCUCAUAUUCGACCAGCAUCUGUGGGAAGCCUGCAAGUAGAAUGA